GUUUAUCCAGCAACAUGGAGGACGAGGUAGAUGUUGACAUCGAGGGAGACGACUUUGAUAACAAUGCUGGUGAGUUGGACGGAGGGGGUUUGGUGCAGGAACAGUUCAUGCAGCCUGCGGGGAAGAGCAGCGCCUGGAUACUGCCGUGGGAGCUGGACAGCUCCAUCAGCCCGGAGAACAGAGAGGUGAUCGAGAGGAUGCUGCUGGAGGAACAAUAUUACCUGACAAAUAAAGAGAUUCCUGACCACAUUUGGCAAAGUGAUGCUCACAAAAAAACUAAACUAAAGAAGUCUCCAGCCAAGAACCUGGCCUCAGCUUCUGGUUCAUCCUCUCGGUGGUCCAAACAAGAGAAAGAACUGUUUGAGGAAGGAUUGGCUCAGUUUGGUCGAAGGUGGACUAAGAUCGCUAAGCUUAUGGAAAGCCGUACCGUUCUUCAGGUUAAGAGUUACGCCAGGCAGUAUUUUAAACAUAAGGCUAAAUCAGAACCCAGCCCUGCAGAUUCCUCUGUAGCUCCCAUGAUACAACUACAACCUUCUCCACCCACCUCCAGUCAAGUGUCCACUCUUACCAAUGCUGUCCGCAUAGAGAAGCUUUCUGAUGAUGAGGAUGAGGAUGUAGACAUCACUGACGACUUGAGUGAUGAUGAAGGGGAUGGCCAUAAACCGCAGGCAGUGCUCAACAGUGAUUUCUGUGGGCCUGAGGAGGAAACAGAGAGUGGGAUUCAAAGUCUUACAGAAGAACACAAACAUGUGAGUUUGAGUGGGGUAGAGAGUCUCCAUGAGCCAAAGGACAAACCCAGCUACAGCUCUCUUUCUCCACAAAGUCUUCAGCCUUCAUCUUCCCCUGGUUGCUCAGAAGAUCCUGGAGUAACAGAGCGAGAUGAUAACGUCAACAAGACAACAUCUGUAUUUCCACAAAGCCAUCACACACCACCUACGACAGACUCAAACCAGAUGUGCUCAGCAGGGACUGGUCAACUGGAAGAAGCCUACAGUGAUGGAAUGGAUUCUGCUGAUAAACUUCAGAAGAGUCUAAACGAUAGACCAGACAGAGACCAGGAGGAGGAGGAGGAGAAUGAAGAUGAGGAAGAGGAGGAGCUCAAGGCCCCGGAACAAGAAAUAGAGAUGGACACAGAGACCAUCACAGAGGAUGAGAAACAAGCUAUCCCAGAGUUCUUUGAGGGACGACCGUCAAAAACCCCUGAAAGAUAUCUGAAGAUUAGAAACUACAUUCUGGAUCAAUGGCUGAAGAGCAAACCCAAGUACCUGAACAAGACAUCAGUCCGCCCGGGUCUAAAGAACUGUGGAGAUGUCAACUGCAUUGGGAGAAUACACACCUAUCUGGAACUUAUCGGAGCAAUCAACUUCAACUGUGAGCAAGCUGUGUACAAUCGCCCAAAGGUGAUGGACCGCUCCAAGCAUAAGGAGGGUAAAGAUGUGCUCGAGGCUUAUCAGCUUGCCCAGAGGCUGCAGAGCAUGCGAACGAGGAAGCGACGUGUACGGGACAUUUGGGGGAACUGGUGUGAUGCUAAAGACUUGGAGGGACAGACAUAUGAGCAUCUAAGUGCUGAGGAAUUAGCGCUGCGGAGAGAGGAAAUGAAGAAGCAGCCUAAACCUUGCAAGAUGUCCAGAUACCGAGGGGCUUUUGAUCCCUUCCAGCUCAUUCCCUGCAGGCCUUUUGAAGAGGAUGUAAAGGAACCAUUCCAGGUUAUAGUCUGUGCUGAGACUCUUCUCAUCAUGGAUAUGCAUGCCCACGUGUCGAGGGGGGAAGUGAUUGGUCUGUUAGGUGGAACGUUCAAUGAGGAGGCGAAGGUAUUGAAGAUCUGUGCAGCAGAGCCGUGUAACAGUGUGAGCACAGGUCUGCAGUGUGAGAUGGAUCCGGUGUCUCAGACACAGGCCUGUGAUGUCCUGUCAUCCCUGGGACUUGGCGUGGUGGGCUGGUACCACUCGCAUCCCUCCUUCCACCCUAACCCUUCACUACGAGACAUAAACACACAGGACCAGUUCCAGAGUUAUUUUUCACGUGGUGGAGCUCCUUUUAUUGGGAUGAUAGUGAGCCCAUAUGACCCAGCUAACUCCUCCCCCCAUUCCCAGACUACCUGCUUGUUGGUGAAAGAGAACCAGGAGCCUUCGGGCCCCCAGAAGCUGCCGUACAGAUUUGACUUCCUGUCAUCACAAGACAUCCCAGACUGGGAACAGAUGAUGAGGAGGGCUCAUUGGAUCAUCCACAAAUACUCUCAAGCACCAGGGAGUGUGCAGAUGGACAGACUAUUCCGGAGAGACUCCCAUCUCACCUGUUUGGAGAAGAUGCUGGCAUCACUGGCGAGGUACUUGGAACCCCUGCCAGAUGAGGUGGGAGACUCCUUUCUCACCCAGAUCCAGGCUCUUUUUAAGUCAGAUUUUAUUUCCAAGCAGCAACUGCCUGAUUGGGGAGAAGGAGGAUCUUUAAAUUCCCCAUCCAAGUCGGUGGACUCGGGUGACCUCACUUUUGAUCAGCUCAUCAGCCAAGAGAUGCCCCAAGAAGGACAAGGGGAGUCAGAGACAGCCAGCAGCACAGUGUUACAUCUAGGCUCUGUAUUGUCAACUGAGCACGACUAUCUACUGUGAAUAACCAUAUGGCAGUAUAAUUAACGGUGUAUAACAUUUUUUUGUGAAUACAUUGAGGUAUUCAAAUCAUUUUUUUCAUGUGUGUGUGUGUGAAUGAGAGAGUUAUUGUGAAUGUUUUCUC